AUGAGCGUCCCUUUGGGACCAAUUAUAUGGGCAUCCUUUAAGCCUAUUAUCAAGAUUUAUUUGAUUAUCGGUACCGGAUUCAUGUUGGCAAGGAUGGGUAUUCUCAGCGUUGAAGCCACUAGAUCGAUUUCCGACUUAGUGCUGACAGUUCUCCUUCCGUGCUUGUCUUUUAAUAAGAUUGUAGCCAACAUAGAAGGUAAGGAUAUCAAGACUGUCGGCAUCAUAUGUCUAUCGUCAGUGCUCAUUUUUGCGACAGGGUUUUUCUUUGCGUACGUUGUAAGGAGGACGAUGCCCGUUCCAAGACAAUGGUACGGUGGUAUCUUGGCUGGUGGUAUGUUUCCAAACAUCAGCGAUUUACCCAUUGCGUACCUGCAAACGAUGGAUCAAGGUUUCUUAUUCACCGAGGAGGAGGGUGAGAAGGGUGUGGCCUGUGUCAUCAUUUUUCUGGCCAUGUUUCUGAUAUGUGUAUUUAAUCUCGGGGGCUUCAGACUGAUAGAAAGCGAUUUUCAUUAUAAAGAUGAGGAAAGUGCCGUCCGUAAUAUGGAGGAUGACUUGGAGCCUAGCGAACAGGCUCUUUCGACUGAGACCAGCAGCGACAUCGGCCCGAAGGAGACGAUGGCCAGGCCGGAGAAGGCAGUGACGAGAAAUUCAGGGAGCAAUUCAGAGGAUAAUUCCGAUCCAUCGCUGCCUGCUUCCGUAUUGGAUGAACGCAGUUCUUCUAGAGCUUCCUCAAAUGCUCAAACUGGACAGGAUACUGCUCAGACGUGGAACUAUCCUGAUACUCGCAUGUCGAGGAAUCAACCUAUUGCAUACACGGAAGAGAACCAAUUAAGUCAUCGUCUUUCAAGAAGUUCUUCAGUUGCCACGACUAUUCGUUCCAUUGAUCUUCGUGACGGACCCCCACAAAAUAUCAAUAAUUUGAUCCGGGAGUAUUCGAACGUCGAUCAAUACGGCCAUCCAAGAAGAAGCUCGUUAACCACAAAUAUGGAUGGUACACCGCUCAGGCAUUUGUCAAACGGACCAGCAUCUGCUGAAGAAAAUCGAAACUCGACCUUGACUAAAAUCUUGACUUCUGAUGCGACUGUUAGCAAGCACGACAUCGAGACAUCGGGUAGCUCACUUCCAAAGUGGUUAAAAAAAAUACCGUUGACUUCGUUUGUCAUCUUUUUCCUGAAGAACUGCUUGAGACCUUGUUCGAUGGCGGUUAUUUUGGCUUUAAUUAUUGCAUUUAUUCCCUGGGUGAAAGCACUUUUCGUGACCACAGAGAACACGCCAAAAAUAAAUCAGGCCCCUGAUAAUGCUCCGCCGUUGAGUUUCCUGAUGGAUUUCACUGGGUAUUUGGGAGCCGCUUCUGUUCCAUUUGGUUUAUUAUUAUUGGGAGCGACUUUGGGUCGAUUGAAGAUAGGAAAGCUUUAUCCGGGAUUUUGGAGGUCAGCAGUAGUUUUAGUCAUUUUGAGGAUGUGCGUGAUGCCAAUAUUUGGAGUUUUGUGGUGUGACCGGUUAGUUAAAGCUGGGUGGGUUAAUUGGGAAGAUGACAAAAUGCUCCUCUUCGUCAUUGCCAUCGAUUGGGGGCUACCAACUAUGACAACGCUCAUCUACUUUACUGCCAGUUACACACCUCCUGAUGCUGAAGACACUACUCAAAUUGAAUGCACUUCGUUUUUUCUUAUGAUCCAAUACCCAGUAAUGGCUAUCAGUUUGCCUUUCUUAGUGAGUUAUUUCCUGAAAGUGCAAAUGAAAGUCUGA